AUGCACGCUAUACAGCAACAAUACUGGAGCAUACGUGAUUAUCUCAGUCCUGUGUUAAGAGAAAGUAAAUUCAAGGAACACGGUCGGAUCACUCCCGAGGAGUUCGUUGCAGCUGGAGACUUUUUGGCGUACAAGUUUCCUGUAUGGACUUGGGAAAAGGGUGAUGUCUCCAAGGCCAGAGACUUUCUACCAACCGACAAACAGUAUCUGAUCACACGAGGUGUACCGUGCCUUCGUCGUGCCACUUCACUCGCCUACACAGACGCAGACGAAGAUGCGGAACGACUCCUCUCAUUCGACGAUGCCACUGAUUCUGGGGGAGAUGAAUGGGUCGAAACUCAUGCUGGACGCAAAUCGAACAUGCCGUCUGCAUCAAACCCUGGAGAGAUCGCUGACAUACCAGAUGUAGAUGGAGGCGCAGAUGAAUUAUCUACUGGUGUGGGUGGAAUGUCGCUCAAGCAGGAGGAGAUUCCUGCUUUAGACGACAUCCCGGAUAUGGAGGAAGAUGAUUUAGAGGAAGGAGAUGAAGCCACCGCUGCUCCCAAGACUGCGGUAACAUCUUCAAAUGUCAUUGAUCCUAGCCAAAUCGAGGUCGCUACAGGAAACCUACUCCAAGUACGAACUUACGAUGUGAUGAUCACGUACGACAAAUAUUAUCAGACACCUCGUAUCUGGCUAAUAGGCUAUGAUGAGAACCGUAUUCCCCUCACCCCAGCGCAGAUCUUCCAAGACAUAUCUGCAGAACAUGCUUCCAAAACAGUCACCAUCGAACCAUUCCCGCAUCAAGCUUCUCUUCAGGCGGCUUCCGUACACCCGUGCAAACAUGCUAGUGUCAUGAAGAAGGUCAUCGAACGGAUGAACAACAGUGUGGUAGCUGAGCAGUUGGCUCACCAGAAGGCUUCGCCAAAGGAGAAGGAGAAGAAGAAGUGGUUCGGCAAAAAGAGUGGUAACAAAGAUGAGAAGCCUUCGGCCCCAGGCGAUGACGAUGAAGUUGAGGGAAUGCGUGUGGAUUUCUAUCUUGUCGUAUUCCUCAAGUUUAUCGCAUCCAUAGUGCCAACCAUUGAAGUUGAUUCCACCACGGCUUUCUGA